AUGGCAAAGGAAAACAGCCUCAAGAUAGAGUUCAAAUCUCAUCCUCAUCCCAGAAACCUCCACCAACAUGACGGAGCAGAAAGCCCCCGUUCCUGUUCUCUGGAUAUACUAUUACAGAGACUGAGGGCUAUAGAUGCCCAGGAUGAUAAAUUAGCCAACAUCAUGGAUGUGGUGGGAGAGUUUGGCACAUUCCAGCGGAGGCUAGUGGCCCUCAACUUCAUUCCCACCUUCUUGGCCUCCUUUUUCAUGUUUGCUGAUACCUUCUUGUUCACACCCCAAAAGCCCUAUUGCAACACCAGCUGGAUCCUGGCAGUGGGCAGCAACUUGACAGAGGCUGAGCAGAUGAAUCUGACCCUGCCCCGUGCACCCAAUGGCAGUUUCCUGACUUGCCUCAUGUACAUGCCUGUGGAAUGGAAUCUGGAUUCUAUCAUCCAAUUUGGCCUCAAUCACACAGACUCAUGUCAAAAUGGGUGGAUCUAUCCUGAGGCCAAGAGGCGGUCACUGAUAAAUGAGUUUGACUUGGUGUGUGGCGAGGAAACAAACAAGGAAAUCGUGCAUACCAUGUUCUUGGCUGGGCUCUUGACGGGGGCUUUCCUCUUCGGGUUCAUAACUGACAAGUUGGGCCGCUACCCCACCAUCCUGCUGUCACUGCUGGAGCUGGUCAUCUUCGGCUUCGGGACAGCCUUUGUCAGCAGCUUUAACCAGUAUAUAUUCUUCCGCUUUUGUGUGUCCCAGGCCGUGGUGGGCUACGCCAUCGGCAGCUCGGCUUUACUCACUGAGUGGCUAAUGGGCAUGCACCGGGCGUACGCCUUCAUCCUGGGACACUGCUUUUUCGCCAUGGGAGUCGUUUUCCUGGCAGGACUUGCCUACAGCCUUCCCCACUGGCGGCUGCUGUUUCUGCUGGGCGGAACACCUAUAUUCCCCCUCAUCUGCUAUAUCUGGAUUCUCCCAGAGUCCCCAAGGUGGCUGAUAAUGAAAGGCAAGCUGGAGGAGGCCAAGCAAAUGCUGUGCUAUGCAGCUGGUGUGAACAAAAAGACCAUUCCUUUAAGUCUGCUGGAUAAGUUGCAACUGCCUGGAAAGAAGGUGGCUUCGGCCUCUAUCUUGGACUUCUAUAGCAACAAGGACCUCCGCAAGUUGACCUUGGUGAUGUGCAGCGUAUGGUUUGCUGUUGGUUGCAACUAUUACAUGCUGAGCUUCAAGAUAAAGGAAUUGGGUGUGGACACCUACCUCACACAACUGAUUCCUGGCAUAAUGGAGGUGCCCGCCCGGCUCUGCUGCAUCUUUCUCAUCGAGCAGUUGAAGAGGAGAGGAACACUGAUUGUGGCUUUGUUCCAAGGAGCCAUCAUGUGCUUCCUUAGCCUUACGCUCCCAUCAGGGAAGGAUGGCCACAGACUCAGGUGGCUGCAUCGUCUGGCCACAGAGUUGAAAUCCCUUGUGGUCUUGAUAACCCUGCUUGGAGAGUUCAACCUGGCCGCCUCCAUCACCAUAUUCUACAUCUACGCUUCUGAACUCCUCCCCACUGUCCUCAGGGCGACAGGUCUGGGUCUAGUGUCUCUGGCCUGGGCAGCUGGAGGCAUCUCUUCUUUGACACUCGUCAGCCAGAACAUUGCCAUCCUACCCAUCGUUCUUGGCUGCCUCUCGGCCUCCGUGGCUUUGUUCUCCUGCUCUAGUUUGCCAGAAACCCACGAUCAACCUCUGCCUGAUAGCCUGGAGCACAUUACCCCACGUACAAGGAGCAUAAGCGAGGAACUCUCGAAUGAGGACGUGUUGAGUGACGAUGUGACGGAGGAAGCGGCCAAGAACACCAUUCUCAACGCCAGGCUGACAAGCAUAGACCACGAUGGCCUCUCCAGCCCGUCUUUGCACUCUGAAGAAGAAAAACAGGCAAGGAGGAGGACUGAGCACCAGGCCCCCGCAUGACCUCAGGUGGGAGCUGAGCGGCUGGAUAUGGGGCUGUGAAUUCCAGGCCUAUUCCAACUUGGGGGGGCAGGGUCAGUCCUGCUCCAAGGCCGGCCCUCCCACCUCUCAGGGAACUAGCAUAUGAUUCAUUCCAAUAAAGGUACCAUGUUUCACUUGAGAUGACUAGGUCAAAAUUCACUGUGUCCAGAGGACCCAGGGGCCCAAGCCUGGAGGAGAGUGGUCCUUGAUGUCUCCGCUGGCCUCUGGGGACAGCGAGGAGUCAUCUGGUUGGGGUGUGCGGGUGAGUCGUGUCUG